UUCUGAUUCAACCAACGUGGUGGUUUACUAGCGAACAUUAAACCUAAACAUUGAAGCGUUUAAGACAAAUCUUGUGUAUAUUACCCUUUCUGUUUUAAACACAACUCUGUUUACAUAUCUACUCGUUCAUUGAAACGUAGAUUGCUUGUUAAAUGAGCUAAUGUGGUAAAUUGAUACUGCACGAGGCUAAUCGCCCGGAACAUGAGCUCACUGAUCUCGACGGAGAAAGAAGCUCUGAUGAAAGGAGAGGAAGAAGCUUUCAGGAUGAAAAGGGAGGAAGAGGAGGCUAUCACAUUGAAAGAACAAGAGGAUGAUAUUACAGUGAAAGAGGAAGAUGGGAAAGAGGUUGUGGAAGAGGAGGAGGUAGAAGCUUUCAGAAUCAAAAAGGAGGAAGGUGCCAUAACAUUUAAAGAAGAGGAAGAACAUUUUGGAGUAAAAGAGGAAGAGGAGGCUAUCUCAAUUAAAGGGGAGGAGGAAGACGUUUUGGGAGUGAAAAAGGAUGAGGCUGAAGAUUCGAUUAAGACCAGAGAGAGACAUGACUAUGGUGGAUCCUCUGGGGAGCCUCAACAACAUCCUGAUGCUGACGAGGCAGAGAAGAGUCUCUCCAGAUCAGAACACCAGAUGGACAACACUAGCCCUUCCUCCCUCCCGGAGUCCAUGUGUCGUGCCUCUCCUGGUAGCACCUUACUGCUGGGUAUGAAGAGGUUGUCUGUGCUGCUGGUGGACUGCAGGAAAACAACGGGGCUGAGUGGAACUGUGAGAGGAGGAGAAGAUAAGAAAGGAUCAGAUUUAGCUCAUCAAAGAGAAAGACCAGACUCAGUGGAACCAGAGCCAGGGACGUCCAAACCCGCAAGACGACACCAGUACUCCUACUGUGGAAAGGGUUGUAACCGGUUAUGGGACCUGAAACAACAUGAAAAAAUGCACACAGGGGAGAAGCCUUAUCACUGCUCCCAGUGUGGCAAGUGUUUUAACCAGUUAGGGAACCUGAAACUACAUGAGAGAAUACACACAGGGGAGAAGCCUUACCACUGCUCCCAGUGUGGCAAGUGUUUUAGCCGGUUAGGGAACCUGAAACUACAUGAGAGAAUACACACAGGGGAAAAGCCUUACCACUGCUCCCAGUGUGGGAAUAGUUUUAACCAUUUAUCUAACCUGAAAAGACAUGAGAGAAUACACACGGAGAAGCCUUACCACUGCUCCCAGUGUGGAAAGUGUUUUGAGCGGUUAGGGAACCUGAAACAACAUGAGAGAAUACACACAGAGGAGAAGCCUUACCACUGCUCCCAGUGUGGCAAGUGUUUUAAUCAUUUAGGGAACCUGAAACAGCAUGAGAGAAUACACACGGAGAAGCCUUUUCACUGCUCCCAGUGUGGAAAGUGUUUCAACCAGUCAGUGAAGCUGAAACGGCAUGAGAGAAUUCACAAAUGGGAGAAGCCUUACCACUGCUCCCAGUGUGGCAAGUGUUUUAAUCAUUUAGGGAACCUGAAACGGCAUGAGAGAAUACACACGGAGAAGCCUUUUCACUGCUCCCAGUGUGGAAAGUGUUUCAACCAGUCAGUGAAGCUGAAACGGCAUGAGAGAAUUCACAAAUGGGAGAAGCCUUACCACUGCUCCCAGUGUGGCAAGUGUUUUAAGCAGUUAGGGAACCUGAAACGGCAUGAGAGAAUACACACGGAGAAGCCUUUUCACUGCUCCCAGUGUGGAAAGUGUUUCAACCAGUCAGUGAAGCUGAAACGGCAUGAGAGAAUUCACAAAUGGGAGAAGCCUUACCACUGCUCCCAGUGUGGCAAGUGUUUUAAGCAGUUAGGGAACCUGAAACGGCAUGAGAGAAUACACACGGUAGAUGCCUUACCAUUGCUCCCUGUGUGGAAAGUGUUUCAACCAGUUAGGGCACCUGAAACAACAUGAGAGAAUACACACACGGGAGAACCCUCACCACUGCUCCCAGUGUGGAAAGAGUUUUAACCAUUUAUGGAACCUGAACGUUCAUGAGCUAAUACACACAGUUAAAUGUCUUUCGAGAAUCCACACAGGAGA